CAUGCUGUGCUUUGUGUAGGCGGGGUCAGAGUUUAACAGACGGAGCAGACGGAUAACGGAUUAGCAUCUUCGGUGUCUCGUAUUCUUUGGUUCUACAACCGUUUCCAUUAUUGCUAGAUGCAUGGAAGCUAGCUACGUUAGCUCUAGCUACAUUGUAAAGUGGUGUCAGAGGUGACUAGAGUGCCAAGGAUCUGGGAAAUAUUAUCCUGUUUUGUUGGCCCUCCUUACCGAAAACAUUUGUUAACUGGUAGCAAUACACUGCUCUCUCAACUCAGAGGAAUAAUUUCAUCAUAGCAACGCUGUAGCUAAAGGUGGCUAACGUUAUUCCCGUUUUCAGUUUCAGUGGUUCUUCAGCUGCCGGUUCAGCAAUGAAAAACUAAGCAGCUGUCAACCAUCCUGACUGUUCACCAUCCUGUCCAAACCUUGAUGGCCAAGGUCAAGUGGCUACAUCCACGGACAAUGUGAAAGUACACCAUGUUAAAUGGAAUGCAAGAUCGACAGUAGAGGACAUAUUAUUUGUCUCCGGGAAACCAUUUGAAACGUUUGUAGCCUAAACGGGUGCAUCAAUGAACGAGGAACCACGUGAGACCCCGGUCCCCGGUGGAGAGCUCGUGGAGAAAGAUGUGGUACAACAAAGCCCAGAGAAGAACAGCAGUAAGGCAGAAAACACCUCCGAGGUAGCACCAACACAGAAGCCUUUGGCUCCCUCAGGCAGUCUUGAUACAAAGGGAAACUCCAGCUCAGAUCCUGUAAAUGAAACACCAGGAGAAGAAACUGAGGAGGCUAAGGCCGCUGGUGGGGAGCCUCCUGUUGACUGGUUUGAGCCACUGGAGGAGGACGAUGAUGCUACUGGUUGUGGUAGGAAUGAUCCAGAGGAAGAAAGCCUGGCAGGAGAAAGUGAAAGGAGUGAGAGUGUGGCAGACAGCGAGAAGACCUCCAGAAAGAUUUAUCAGCUUCAGCUUCCCCGUCGUAAGCGAACGCAUCCAGAUGAAGGAUGGGACGACUGGCCAGUACUUGGAGAGGGUUGGAAACGCAAAGAAGUUGUCCGGCGCUCAGGUUCUAGCAUAGGACAGAAGGAUGUAUAUUACCUGAGUCCGCGUGGUGAUCGAGUGAGAAGUCGAGUAGAACUGAUUUCAGUGCUGGAGGGAACGUUUGACUUGUCAACCUUUGAAUACAAGUCAGGAAAGUUCCUAGAUGGUCAAGCACCACCCAUAAGAAUUCGAAACCGAGCAAAGAGAAAAAUCCGGGAGCGUUCUUCCUCAGAGUCCAGCUUUAUGGAGAGAGGAGAGGGGGCCGACACUCCAGACUCCUACCACAGGCUCACCCCCAAUGUGGGGCCCAAAAACCUCCACUCCAACCAGUCAAGUUUCUCCUUGUACAGUACAAUAGGAACUCCAAACGAAGGCCCUCGCAAUGAGAAUCCACCAGCGGAAGAUAAAAUUAAACUUCCCCUUCCCACAUCAUCCAGAGCACUUCCACUUCCCUCCAUAAAUGGAGAAAUUGGGUCUGAGGACAGCACACUGGUCUGUGCUAGAUGCGGCAUUUCCUUCACAGGCACGUGGUAUGACAAACAAAGGAAGAGGCCCUGCUGUCCCAGCUGUUGGGCCGCCUCAAAGACAAAAGAGCAUCCGAUGGUUCGUUUCAGAAAGUGGAUUCCUUGUGGACAGUGUGUGGGAUGCCACAACACAGUGAACUGUGGGCAGUGUGCCAACUGCAAGCAUGGACAGCAGAGCAAAGAGUCCCGGAAACGCCUAUGCCGAAAACGCAAAUGUAUAUGUCCUAUUCGCAAGGACCCUGGAAGUGGAGCUUUCCUGCUACAGAGGCCUUAUAAUGAAAUUCCUGAAACGUUUGAUGACAGCAUGAGUUUCCAGAGUGAAGUUACAGACUCACAGCACCCGAGUCUCAAAAGCAGUGACACAGAGAACUUCUCCGUCAACGUGGACGUUGAUGAUGAGGAUGACAUGUCAACUGACGAUGAUGAUGAUUGGCAUAAGAAGCGGAAGCGACGGUCCUGUGGAGAAUGCAAAGCCUGUCUCUGCAGGAAAGACUGUGGCACAUGUGAUUUCUGUAUAGACAAACCAAAGUUUGGAGGCAGCAACAAGAAGAGGCAGAAGUGUCGACUACGUCAGUGUCAGAGACAGGCAAUGAGACACUUGCUGCCUUUCCAGAUGGGACAAGGUGACUAUGGGCCAGAUGGCUCAAUGCUGCCGGGCAGGCCUAGACCUCACUACACAUACAGUCGGAAGUCGGGUUUAAAGAAAAACAAAGGACCGCUAUCGGGCUUGGACUUGACUGACAAUGAAGAUGAAGACAGUAACUUUCAAGCAAUGAGCUGGAGCUCUGAACCUGCCAGUGGUAGCAAACACACUUAUGAACUGAAUGUGAGAAACCAAUCAUCUAUGCAGUUGAGUUUUUUGGAUUUCAGACAGCAGAAUGGACUGCCUGACAGAGUUCCUCACAUCAGCAACCACAACAACUCUGAACUAGACCAGCUAAGCAGAUGGGAUGCAGACAAAUCACACACAGGUAGAGCUGUUCCAAAGCAUGGUGAAGUAGAAGAUGAAGAUGAAGAAGAAGAAGAGGAGGAGGAAGAAGAAGAGGAGUUUCCCAUGAUCACACAGAUCUUCAGUUUGGCUGAUAACCCAUCUGGGAGUGGUGCGGACAUAGAAAACCAGCUAAUGAAACUGCUACACUCUUUGCGCUCCACUGUAAUGCCAAUCCUAUGGUAUGCCAUCAUGGUGGAGGGCCCGCAGAUACAGAUCAUCCAGUGUUGUAAACAGUCCAACCUGACUGACACCAUGGUGCUGAUCGACCCAGGCUUCUGCUAUCAAGUCACCGUCCAAAAGCAGCCGUUGCUCCCCACCCACCCCCUGUACGACAACUACCCAGCACACUUAACCUCUGUGACUGAUGUGAUCAAUCUGCUUUUGGGCCUAGAGAUGUACGUUGUCUGCCAAGGACUAACCCCCAAAGAACCUUUAUCUAAUACGGACCCAAUAAUACUGGAGCGGGCAUCAACAUGUGAUUUCUUGGUUAAGAGGAACGUGAGCAGAUGUACUAACUGCAGAGCGCUGCAGGGCCUUUAACUUCAGCAGAGACAGAAGAUCUGUGACCACAGUAGAGACCACUGGUUCUCUGGAUGACUUUGUGCUGUUUUCUUAAUAUUAUUUCAGUUCUUUUGGUGAUAAUGUAUAUGAAAUUUUACAGAUUUACCUCCAGACUGUAAUAGGAGGAUUUGAUUAUUUGAAGA